AUGGAAAUUCCAGAUCAUCGAAAGUGGAUGUACAAUAGAAAUUUGCCUAACCGAGAAGGAUUACGACAGGAAUUUAUCAAUGGUGUUCGACAAUUUAUUGAUACAGUUACAAAACAACCUCAAUUUGUACUUGAAGGCAGUCUACUUAGAUGUCCUUGCAACAAACAUAAAAAUAAAAUUUUCUCAACUCCGGAUGAAGUUUUACUAGAUUUAUAUAAAUAUGGUUUCAUGCCCAGAUACUGGUGUUGGGAUUCACAUGGAGAGAGUCCAUUGCAUUUGAAUGUAGAUCAUGAUAACCAAGAAGGCACAUGUUCUUCUCCGCAUGUUAGUGUGCCAAUAAGAAAUUCAUAUGAAUCUAUGGUGGUUGAUGCUGCUGGACCAGAAUUAAUGAGUCAAUUUGAAGAAUACAUGGAAGAGCCUCCGAAUGCAGAAGCUAAAAAAUUUUAUGAUUUAUUACAGUCUGCUCAGCGCCCAUUAUUUGAGGGAUGUGUUAGUCAUUCAGAAUUAUCAAUGGCAGUUAAAAUGUUGAGUAUAAAAGCUAAAGGGAAUGUAUCUCAACAAAUCUUUGAUGAUUUCGUGAAAGCUGUGAAAGAAGUGAUUCCUAAGGAUAACUUACUUGUCUCUAAUUUUUAUGAAGCAAAGAAGCUAGUAUCGAAACUUGGCAUGGAAAGCAAUAAAAUUGAUUGUUGUAUUAAUGGUUGUAUGCUGUAUUACAAGGAGGAUGAUAUACCAAGAAAGGAAUGUAAAUUUUGUCAUUCUCCAAGGUACAAGAUAGGUAAAAAGGGUAAACAAGUGCCUUUGAAACGAAUGCACUAUUUACCGCUUAUACCUCGUUUAAGAAGACUUUAUGCUUCAAUGAACACAGCAUCUCACAUGCGAUGGCAUUUUGAUCACGAGUUUAAAGGAGUUCUUGAGCAUCCAUCGGAUUCAAAAGCAUGGAAGUAUUUUGAUAGAAAACAUCCACAAUUUUCUCAAGAACCACGCAAUGUCAGACUAGGAUUAUGUGCUGAUGGAUUCACCCCUUUUGGUCAAUCUGGUAAACAAUAUUCAUGUUGGCUAAUAAUUGUCACACCGUAUAACCUGCCUCCUUCUAUGUGCAUGAAAACUCCUUACAUGUUUUUAUCCAUGAUUAUUCCUGGUCCUCGUAAUCCUAAAACCAGGAUUGAUGUAUACCUGCAGCCCUUGAUUGAUGAGCUAAAACUACUAUGGGAAGACGGCGUUUUAACUUAUGAUAUUCAUUCCAAGUCAAAUUUUGUAAUGCGAGCUGCAUUGUUGUGGACUAUUAAUGAUUUUCCUGCAUAUGGAAUGUUGUCUGGAUGGAUGACAGCAGGCAGGCUAGCAUGUCCAUACUGUAUGGAACGAACCAAGGCAUUCCAAUUAAAAAAUGGGAGAAAGCCAUCAUGGUUUGACUGCCACAGACAAUUCUUGCCAAAUAAUCACAUGUUUAGAAGAAACAAGGAUGCAUUCUAUAAGAAUAGAAUUGAGAGAUCAGAACCUCUGCCAAGAUUGACUGGAGAGCAAAUAUGGUAUAUAGUUCAGAAUUAUGAUAAGAUAAGUGAUGUUGAGCAACUUGAGAUAGAAGGAUAUGGAAGUACGCAUAAUUGGACCAAAAGAAGCAUAUUUUGGGAUUUGCCUUAUUGGCGUCAUAAUUUAAUCCGUCAUAACCUUGAUGUAAUGCAUAUUGAGAAGAAUGUAUUUGAUAAUAUAUUCAAUACUGUCAUGGACAUCAAAGAGAAGACUAAAGAUAAUGCAAAGGCUAGAAUGGAUCUGUCAUUAUACUGCAAGCGAAAAAAUUUAGAACUGCUAAAACAAAGUGGAGGUAAAAUUAUAAAACCCAAAGCAAACUACACAUUUACCCUCCAGCAAAAGAGGGCAAUAUGUGAAUGGGUGAAAGAGUUAAGGAUGCCUGAUGGGUAUGUUUCAAAUUUAGGGAGAUGUGUUGACAUGAAAGAGGGCAAGUUAUAUGGAAUGAAAAGUCAUGAUUGUCAUAUAUUUAUGGAACGUUUACUGCCAAUUGCUUUUAGUUCAUUGCCAGAGCAGAUCUGGAAGCCAAUAACAGAGUUAAGUCAAUUCUUUCGAGAUUUGUGCUCAACAUCGUUACGAGAAGAUGUUCUAAAUAAGCUAGAAGAAAAUAUUCCAAUUGUGCUAUGCAAGCUAGAACGUAUUUUUCCUCCUGGAUUUUUUGACUCAAUGGAACAUCUACCUAUUCAUUUGCCAUUUGAAGCAUUGCUUGGUGGUCCUGUGCAAUAUAGAUGGAUGUAUCCUUUUGAGAGGAUCUUUGUGGAUUUCAUACGCCAAGAUCAUAUUACUUUAAGUGAUGAACAAGUUGAUCAAUUUAUUGAAGCGGAUUUUGCAGAAUGGUUUAAAAAUUAUGUUCAUGAUCCUUUAAAUGAUGUGACAGAUUCGAAUAUUCAUUCCUUGGCAUGGGGUCCUUUGAGAAUUGUUAAAUGUUGGCCUAUUUACAAAGUCAAUGGCUUCAAGUUUCACACAAGAUCUCACUCAAGUGGAAAGUCAACUCAAAAUUAUGGAAUAUGUGUCAAAGGCACGGGUUAUGGUGAAUAUGAAAAUAAUUUCUAUGGCCUGCUUAAUGAAAUUAUCCAAGUUGAGUAUACUAGGCUACCACUAAAAAGAGUUGUACUAUUUAAAUGCGAAUGGUUUGAUCCCACGAUUGGCAAAGGAACAAAGGUAAACAAAGAGUAUGGAAUCAUACAGAUUCGAAAGAAUCGACGAUAUGGUAAAUAUGAUCCAUUUAUCAUUGCACAUAAAGCAAUUCAAGUAUAUUUUUCACCUCAUCCAAUGAGCAACACCAAGGAAAAAGCAGAAUGGUGGUUUGUAUUCAAGACUAAAGCAAGAGGUGAGAUUGAGAUUGAAACAACGGAGGAUUUUGCAUAUCAAGAAGAUGGCACAAAUCAAUCUAACAAUCAUAUCUCAAAUGAUAUUGAUAUUGUUGUUGAUUUACUGGAUACCAAUAACGAAGAUAUGGAUGAGGAUGAGAAUGAAGACGAGGACGACGACGAGAACAAUGAAGAUGAAAAUCAAAAUGAAUAG